UUUCCAGUGUGACGUAGACUUUUCCUCCGCUCGAUCUCACCGUUACCCGGGGCAACAGCUGAGUCGUCGGCGAAAGGAUGCCUGUGUAAGUAGGCCCACAGCAGGGCCACGGGUGACCAGACCGCCCAUAACAGAAAAGAUUGGAUGCCUAAAGCUGCAAGAAUAAGACCAGAAUUUUCAGGAGAGUUACUGUACCCAACAAUUCAGAUAUGGCGGAAGUGAAGUCAAUGUUCCGAGAAGUUCUUCCAAAACAAGGGCAGUUGUCUGUAGAAGAUGUAACCACUAUGGUGCUGUGUAAACCCAGAAUUUUACCCUUGAAAUCUCUGACUCUGGAAAAACUGGAAAAAAUGCAGCAAGCAGCACAAGAUACAAUUCGCAAACAAGAAAUGGCAGAAAAGGAACAGCAAAUAACCCACUGACCAAUACCCAGCACUCUAGAGAAGACACUCCCUUUCAAGUUACUUAAAAUAUUCUGCAUCUCUAUGCUGAACAUAGUAUUCGCUAAUAAAACUAAGUAUUCCUCUAUGUAAAAAUAAAGAUUGGGAACAUUUGUGAA